CCUAAGUAUGGUUGUUAAUUGUAAUAGAACUUGGUUUUAUACAUAAGUUGCUAUUUGAUGUGCUAAAUUUAGUCAAAUUCAGUGGCAGCCAAAUUGUGCAAGUAAGGGGAAAAGCUAAGUGUUAAUAGUUUAGUUGAACACAGCUUGUCAGCUAGUUUGUUUAAGGCAGUUACUGUGAGCAACAGUGCUCUUUAUGAAGGUAAUGAUUGUAAAGUUGUAAACUUCUGUUUCAUUCUGUAGUCGCUCAUAGUAUGGGAAAAUGUCAUGGUCCUUUGAUUUCUACAGCUGCAUUUCUGGUUUCACAAUUAAAUAGACCAUAAUAGAACUGUGAAGGCAGAAUGGUUUGUACGGCACUGGGAAUAGUAGCUGUUGUGGAAAGCAGGGUAUUGAGGUAAUACAGAUGUGCGCAUCAUUUGUUCCUGUAAGCUAGAAUUCCACAGGCAAAACAAUCAACUCCUUGCAGUUUUUUUAUGCUACAUCAUUUGGGUGAGCAAAUCCUCUAAAUCCAGGGGAUUUUACAUUACUUAUGGAGCUUUGCAGUCUGUCUGAAUAGUUUCUUUUAGACAUUUCUGCCGGUUUUACUUUCUGAUUAAAGAAGAAGGAACUGCUUAGGAAUCCAUAUUAAAAUAAUAUUUUUUUAACAUACUAGUGAAAAAAGAACAUGAUCUCUUUUCUUUUGGGAAGUUCUGUUUAAGAUCUAGUCACAAAACAAUAUAUGCUUUUUUCUGGUGCCUGUUCUGAGAUGUGAUAUUUACAUAGAGCUGAAACUGAAAUACCCUCUGUAAACCUAGUUUCCUUGCCAGUGAGAUGCCAGUGCUUUGUUUUGCUGAGUUGUGGGCAUACGUUUAUUCUGAUGCUGACAGAGAAUUGUUCACAUCUGUUAUGUCAAGGGUGCUUACUGUUAACACUUUUGAUGGUUAAAUAAUAGAAGUGUGCUCUUAAGACUGUUUUUUAUUAAAUAUAAUGCAAUUAUAAGUCCUCACUACGUUGGAGGUUGUCUAGCCCUUGGACUUGCUGUCAGUGGGAAGUUCUUGGUCUUGCUCCAUUUGAUAUGGUGCUUUACCAUAUCAAACAGCAGUGCUUGCUUGCCUUUGAUUUGUAUAAUCAAAUGAGAUGUGGUCUUGAGAGAAAGAUCUAGCAAAAGGGAAUACGGUGCUGUGUUAGUCUUCCAUGUACAGCACGUGUGUUUGCACUUAGAGUAGGACAGCAGAUAGGCAAGGUCUGCACAGGGGAACUAGCCACCUGGAAAGAUUGACGACUAUGUGCUUUAAGCAGCUGUGGGUAUGUGGGCCAUCUGCUCAUUCAAAGUCAGUAUCUUGAACCAGCUUCUCUUUUGGAAGCUGGCACCUGUAGUGUUGCUUUCAAGCAGCUGAGCAAAGCACACUGAUUAUUAGAAAUUGUGCCGGAUGAAUUGGGAGAAUGUCUUUUUAUGUCAGCCUACAUCUACUAAUGUAAUUAAAGUAUAAGCAAGGGCAAAAGCUCAGGUAGUCUUCCAUCAUGGAAGUGGGAUGACCAUCCUGGUGUAAUAGUCACCUCUUGUUCUGUCCCACUGCUCUUCUUUUGGUCCUCUGCAUGUUUGUAGUGUCCUGUGGAUGGGAACAUAACUUUUCCAGUGAUGAAGGGUGGUUAGCCAGUAUAGUCGUACCAUCUCAUUGGCAGGUGAAAGCUGAAUUAUACCCAUAUCCUCUUGCUCUAGUCAACAGAUUACUUACUACCCUACCAGCUGAUAGGACAAUUCUUGUUUUAAGCCCAAAAGGUGUUAAGGAUCUAAUCCAGCUUCUCGCUGUCUCCUGGUAAUGCUUGCUGUUUGAAGCAGUGUGCCAGGAUCUUGAGUUAGCUGUAUAUGCAUACAGAAUAGUUUUUACUGGACAAUCCCAUGCUACUGAUGGGUUGGCCCUUAAACCUAGAAAGUCAUGGUAGCAUCAGCCAUCAUUGUUUCCUUUAGCUCUGCCUCCUGUUUCUCUGCCCAUAGGAAAGGGGUAGUAAUGUUCCAUCUUGGAUUUAGGAGAUAAUGAAGGAAGAUUCCCUGUUGAUGUUUGCCUUCACAUUUAUGGCCAAAAUGCUUGGGUGGAUUUUUACUCCUUUAUGAAAUGGUUGCCAGCUCAAGAUGUGAAUAGUUCCUCCUUUUUACAAGGGUAGUUGUCGUACAAAGAUUCUUACACUUAAAUCGGGAUUGCUUCUCAUAUGAGUAUCUGACAAAGCAAGAGAGCUUCUGUCCUUGGUCAACUUACAUCAGUGUUCAUUCUUUUGGACAGGUGAUUCCUCAGUAGAUGUAUACGUCAUGCAUUCUGGGAGCAGCCUUGUACAUAUACAGGAAAUACGGCAGUUGUCAGAAAAAGAAAUGUCACCUGUGCAUUUUGAGCCAGUACUACUAUCUUCAUCAUCUACUAACUUUACAAAAGUUGCUUCUAUUUCUUGUAAAGCUGCAUCCUGUGGCACUGAAAGUCCUUAUGGUGACAAGAAGAGUAAUCAAUUGGAAGGCACUGCAACACUAAAAGCCUGUCUUUCCUGUCCUGUGAUGGAAGGGUAUUUUGAUGUAGAUCCUUCUGCAGCAUUAUUUCAUAUAGAACCACAUCAUAAUACUUCAGGAUUUUGGUCCAUAUGGUUUACAAACAAUUUUGACUUCAGCAUUGAACUGACAGAAGUCUUCAUAGCCAGAGAAACAAAAAACGUUUUAGAGAUUCUGAACUUUGCUGAACCUUUGACUCUGCCUCCAGGCUGCUGGAACGUAUUUUCUUUGAAGCUCAGUGUGAAAGACACUGUAACAAAUGUGCUCUCUAGUAUUUGUUUGGCCACAAAUGUGGGAAUAAUGUUUGAAAUACCUCUGCAGAUAUAUUCGACUGUCUCCAAGCAGGGAGAUCUUCAUUUUGAAGCGAUUGCCCACUGUGAUAUUCAGUGUUACUUGGGAAAGUCUGAUUCAGCAAAUCUGCUUUGGCAGAAGAGUCUCUCUCUUGACCGUUCUGCUUGGGAUGUGGAUUCUGAGCUUGCAAGUGAACUUUAUGAAAGAUGGCAAAAAAUAAGACGUGGGGAAGCCUGCAGCAAGAGAAGUAUUUUAGGAUCAUCUCGCUUUAUUCACCAGAAGAAGCCUGAAGAGGAGUCCUUUGCCUUUUUCUUACCACGGAUGACUACAGAGCCUGGCCUUACGCUCAACUUCAGUGCCACAGCAGUUAAAAGUAGUAUGGUAAAAUAUUUUGUACUAAGAAACCCUUCAUCCUUCCCAGUUACGUUGCAGCUUCUGCCUCUUUCUUACUACCCUGAUCCUCAAGCUUCAUUGAGUCUACUGAACAAAUGGUUCAGCAUAAAUGUGCAAGCUAUUAAUUUCACAACCACUGAAUUCAGGCUCAUGGAUGAAUGUUCUUACAGGAAUGCAUAUCGGGAGGAUCUCAUCAACCAGAAAUGCAGUUCCGAGCUGCUUUGGUUAAGUUUGCAGCCACUGGAAACUAGAAAAGUUGGCGUAAUUUUUACACCAGUUGACUACAGAAAAGUAGCUUCCCUUAUUUUAAUCAGAAACAACUUGACUGUUCUGGAUGUGGUCAAUGUAGAAGGCUUUGGAGCCAAAGAAUUGCUUAAAGUAGGGGGAAGACUACCUGGUACAGGAGGAUCCCUUCGAUUCAAGGUGCCAGAAGCUACACUAAUGGACUGCAGACGACAACUGAAAGACAGCAAGCAAAUUCUAUCCAUUACGAAGAACUUCAAAGUAGAGAAUAUUGGGCCUCUUCCUAUAACAAUUUCAUCAAUGAAAAUCAAUGGUUACAGUUGCCAAGGAUAUGGAUUUGAAGUGUUAGACUGUCAGGAAUUUUUCUUGGCUCAGAACUCAUCACGAGAGAUAAGCAUUGUAUUUACUCCUGACUUUACAUCUUCAUGGGUAAUCCGGGAGCUUACACUGGUAACUGCUGCUGAUUUGGAGUUCCACUUCACGCUCAACGUGACUCUUCCUCACCAUCUGUUACCGCUGUGUGCAGAUGUGGUGCCAGGACCCAGCUGGGAAGAGUCUUUCUGGAGGCUUACUGUCCUUUUCGUAAGUUUGUCCCUGCUCGGCGUGAUUCUAAUAGCCUUCCAGCAAGCCCAGUAUAUCCUAGCAGAGUUCAUGAAAUCAAGACAGAGGCCAAAUCCUAGUUCUUCACCACAGCAGAACAGCAACUCUGUUGACAUAAUCAGCUCUGAUUCCUACAAGGGAAGCUGCAAGACAUUUAUGGAUUCCUAUAGCUCCUCAGAUAAAGGUAAAGGGAAGGGCUUCCUGUCUGUAGGCGCUUCUUCCAGCCGAAGUCAGAAUGCAGCAAAGAGAAGUCCUGCGACGUACAGUCACUCUCAGAAGAAACACAAAUGUUCAGUUUACUACAGUAAGCCGAAACCAAACACAGUGGCUGGCAGUGCCAUUGCAGCUACUGAUGAGAAACAAAAUCAGAUUACUGAGAACCAAAUCUCAGCACCAAAAGAGGACAUUUGCACUGAUGUUGUCAGUGAGAACUGGGUAACUCUCAAAUAUGCAAAUGGCAUAAAUGUUAACAAGAAUUUAACUCUUCCAGAAGACUUUCUGGGUAAAGAAGAAAGUGCACUGAAAAAUACAGUUCUCAUGAAAAAUACUUCUUCAGAGUGUGAUCUGAAGGAAGAUCUUCAAACAUGUAUGUUUCCUAAGGAAACUAACCUUAAAACUUCAGAAAAUCUAGUCGAGCUCAAAGAACAGGAGUUCUGUCCUGUGAAGAUGCCCAAGAAGCUACCUGAAAGUCACUUGUCCAGAAAUUCACCUCAGCAACAGCCGGAACUGCAAGAAAUUUCUAGGAAAAAUAGUGGGAAUAGCCAGCAAGUGCCUCUCAGGAAUGAAACAGAAAACUGUGAGACUUUAAAAAAGCAGAUCAACCUAAAGCCUUCCACAGAGAAAAAGAUGAGUAAGGGACCUAAAGAAGAGACUCCGUGCUGCGGAAAAGAGGAGAUUACUUCUUCUGAGCAAGAAGAUGUGUAUAGGAAGAAGAAACCUCAGGAGAAGAAGGAAGGAAACUUACCAAAUAUGAAUUGGAAUAGAAAUAGAACAUCUAGGAAAAAUAAGAAGAAGAGUGUUAAUAUAUCUACAAGGGUCACUGAGCAGAAUGAAUUGAAGCACAUGUGCAGUGAAUUUGAAAGGCUGGAUCUGAGAGCGAAUAUUGGAAUAAGAGCCUGGUGUCCUCAGGGUAACGGGGAAAACUGUAAAGCGGAUCAAAAGCCUGGGAGCUUGUCUAUUCAGGGAGAAACAGAAAGUUUUUAUCAGCGGUCCAAAAAGAAGUGUUUGGAGAAGUUUUGCUCUGAUUCAAGCUCAGAUUGUGGAAGUUCAUCAGGAAGCGUUCGUGCCAGUCGUGGGAGCUGGGGUAGCUGGAGCAGUACCAGCAGUUCAGACGGAGAUAAAAAGCCUAUGAUUACUGCCAGGCAUUUUCUUCCAUCCAGAGAGAAUAUUUCACAAAAUGAUUUUCCAUCUGAAACUCCUAUCACUUUAAAUCUGUCUCAUAACAUCUGCAAUACCAGCAGAGACAUGAACAGUAUCCCUCAAUAUCCUGAAACCUUAUGUCCCAAUUUCACUGACAUAGCUGCAGAUCCUGACAAAAAUAAAGGUCUUUAUCCAACAGGAGACUUGUGGCCUGCCCAGCCAGUCUGCCUGACAAACAGUUUAAACUACAACCUUGAGAAUAAUAUACCAUGCAUGAUCCAAGAAACCCCCUCUGUCCACAACAGCUUCAUCGACUGGAAUGCAGCUUGCGACAGCCAGUUUUCCAACAUGUAUUGUCCACUAGAGAUGAAUGAAUAUGGUGCUUUCCCAGAAGAAAACAUGAACUACCCUAGUGGCUUCCCAGGUACUGCAGCUGUGCAGAAUACAGCCUUUAUUGACCAGAACUGUCCCUCCACCUGGAAUGCACCUCCCAACAUGCCACCCGCCUGGGAGCCCACCAGUUAUGUCAGCUCCACGCCCUACCUCUCAAGCACCCGAAGCUUGUCUCCAAUGUCUGGACUUUUUGGUUCCAUCUGGGCACCUCAGAGUGAUGUAUAUGAAAGCUGCUGCCCCGUCAGUGCCACGACCCAGCACUCAACCCAUGUGGAGAACCAGGCAGUUAUGUGUAAGCAGGAAUACUAUCCAAGGUUUAACCCCUUCCGUGCCUACAUGAACUUGGACAUAUGGACUACAGCAGCCAAUCGAAAUGCAAAUUUCCCACUUUCGAGGGACUCGGGUUACUGUGGAAACGUGUGAAAGGAAUUUGAUUUUAAAAUGUGAAUAAAGAUGCUUGCAAUUUUGAUUACUAGAGUAAGCUGGUUGUUGAAUAGAUUACAAUGUUGGUGGAUAUUUUGGCACUUUUAUAUUGAAAAUAAAUUUUUUUUACUGAA